CCCCGCCAUCGACGUCUUGCUCAAAAGUAUCACAGAGGACAAAUGCGACCAUGCACCAACCAUCACCAUCUCUCCCUCUUCCUCUUCUCCCUCCGUCCUCCCUCUUCGAAACGCCAUCGGUAUAGGAUCGUUGUAUCGCAGCAUGAACUUCGCUAUCGAAGUACCUGGGGCGGCAACCCCCCUCAGCUAUGUCGAGUUGUGCCGUGCUCUCAUGUCGGCCAGUUCGUCUCGGGAUCACCACCAACGACAAGCCGCCGGUGAACAGCUGGCAUCCUGGCAGCAUCAUGCUGACUUCUACUCUACUUUGCAGAAAGUGUUUCUUGACAAGACCUUGCCGCGAGAGAUGCGCUUCCUGGCUAUUAUCCAGCUGAAGAAUGGUAUUGAUAAAUACUGGCGCUCCCAUUCUGUUGCCAACAAGAAUGCUAUACCACCUGCCGAAAAAGCCAAUAUUCGGUCUAAUCUGUUCCGCGGUACCCUAGGGGAACACGAUCCGCAACUUGCCUUACAUAAUGCCUUAGUUGUGGCCAAGAUUGUUAGGGUCGAUUUUCCUAACGAAUGGCCGAAUGCUCUACAAUACACAAUCAGUGAGCUUAAGGGAUCAAGUAAUACCGACCAGUCCCUUGCAGGUGUUCUUUUAAUCUUACUUCACAUUGUGAAGGAGUUAGGAUCUGCACGCUUGAUGCCAUCCCAGAAAGCCUUACAGGCCGUUACCCCUGAGUUAGUUCAGGUUUUAGCAGAGAUCUAUGAUGCUAAGACAAGGUUAUGGCUGGAUUUUGGUACCAAUGGUCAAGGAAAUGAGACACACGCUGUGGCUGCCAUGGAGAAUAGCUUAAUGGCUUUUAAGAUUCUGCGCCGUCUUCUGAUCGGAGGGUAUCAAGCUCCCCAUAAAGAUGAAGCCGUCCGGCAAAUUUGGACUUUUUCCCAGUCACAAUUUAGACAACUGCUCGGCCUCAUGAAUGAGAGAUACCCGGCUAUCGCGAAGCAUGUUCUACAGUUCACGAAGCUACACAUUGAAAUGGCAUCUUCCCAUCCAGCGAGUUUCGCUGCUUUGCCCGGAUCUUCCGAGCUCGUUCGUGCGUACUGGAAUCUCGUCGCUGAAUUUUCGUUGGUUUUUGGUCAAUCAGAGGGAAUUCGCCACAGCGGCUCCUCAAACGACACCCAGCCGGGGGCUGCGGGGCCUUUGAUGGAAAGGCUUGCUUUGAAAGGCCUGCUUCUCAUGAGGACCUGCAUCAAACUGACGCACAGACCUGUUCAAUCUAUUAAGUAUCGCUCAAAAGAGGAUAAUCAAGAGCAGCAGGAAGAUAUAAAAGCUAUGAAAUCCCAACUCUUCUCAGACGAUUUUGUUCAACAAGCGGCGCAUACAAUCAUCACUCACCUCUUAGUGUUCAGAAAAGCGGACAUGGAGGCUUGGGAAGACGAUCCACAGGAAUGGGAAUUGCGAGAAGAAAACCAAGGCAAUGCUUAUGAGUUCGAAGUACGACCUUGCGCUGAGAGGCUCUUACUCGACCUUUUCAUACACUAUAAAUACCUCUUACUCGAACCCUUACUAGUCUACUUCAACACAGUCCGAGAUCCACAAGCUAGUAUUACCACUAAAGAGGCCGUCUAUACAACCAUGGGUCUGACAGCUGCCUUGGUGGAAAACCAUUUAGAUUUUGAUGAUUUAUUGAAAUCGGUAAUCGCUACUGAUGCAGCCCAGGCGGUUCCUAUGUGCCAGAUUCUACGGCGGCGUAUCGCCAUUCUUUUGAGCCAGUGGGUACCAAUCAAGAUAUCGAAAGAAACACGACCACUAGUUUACGAGAUUUUCAAGCAUUUCCUUAACUCUCAAGAUCCUCAUAACGACAUUGUUGUUCGGAUCACGGCUGCAAGACAGCUCAAACAGGUUGUAGAUGAGUUUGAAUUUGACCAGGAACACUUCUCUAUCCAUGCACCGGAUAUUGUUAAAGAGCUCAUUAACUUGGUGCAGGCAAUGGAGUCUGAGGAGACGAAGCUGGCUGUUGUUGUUACCCUGCGGAGUCUUAUCUCACGGAUGGACACGGCCAUCGUCCCAUUCAGCGACCUUAUCAUGAAUGUACUACCCGAUAUCUGGAGCUCAGCAGGUAACCUUGGUUUCAUGUUGAAGCAAGCAGUUUUGGCGAUAUUGCAAACCCUCGUCUCCUCCAUGAGAAGUGACUUCCAACGAUACCAGCAUCUAGUGUUGCCGCUAAUCGCGGAGACUACUCAAGAGGGGAGCGACAGUGCUCUUCACCUUCUUGACGAUGCGUUGGAAUUUUGGAACGUUCUUUUACAGAAUAGCCCACCGCCUUUGUCUCCGGGUAUUCUUAGUCUUGCUAGCGUGGUAAUCGAACAGCUAGCAAGCCAAAAUAACCAUGCUGAAGUCUGUAUCAACAUUGUUGGUUGCUACAUAGCCUUAGCCCCCCAGUCUCUUCUAGAGGACCACUAUCGCCAACCACUUCUCAAGUCACUUCUAGCGUCCCUAGAAAUGAAGAGUCACAACCAGGUGUCCUUGACAACCGAGUGCAUUGAAAUGACAUUGCGACUUUCUCAUCAACUUGGUGGGGAUCAAGGAUUUCACCUAUUGAUGAGAGAUAUGGUGGAUAUUGGAUUCUUGAAACACUUGCUCGAAGGAAUCCGGGACGCAUAUGAGGCUCAUCAAACUUCUGGACCUAAGAAGAAACAGAGCCGCCUGGACCCUUAUACCCUGACAAGCUACCUGACCAUCCUCUCGCGAAUCGCCGUUGUAGACCCAUCUACGUUCGUUUCGAUGCUUAGUACAUUAGGUCCAAUCGAGAGUGUUUGGGACUGGCUCAGCAUCGAGUGGUUCUCGUGCUUCGAUUAUAUGGCAGAACCCGACCGCCUCAAACUAAACCUUCUUGGUCUCACACGUCUGCUCGAGCUUCCUCAACCUAUGGGUGGUCUCGUUCUGGGGAAGCUUCAAGACUAUCUCUCUAUGUGGGCCAGUGUUAUCUGUCAGAUUUGGGACGAUGAUAACCCCGGUCACGACGCACUAUAUAGCACUGAAAAGAUACCUUCUACUGAGUGGGACACCCAAAAGGACUAUGCGAAGCGCGAACUAUAUUAUACAGACCCGGUUCGAACUGUAGUCUCCUAUGUAUUCGUCAAGGAGAGGCUGCAAGGCCUUGCACAAGUUGUUGGCGAGCAGACAUUUCAAGAAUGGCUGGCCAAUGUGGACAAGGACGUUCUUACCAGCUUCCAGGACUUGGAACACAGGUCGCCUGCCUCGCUUGGAUCGUAGUGUUUAAGAAGCAAGGACAGGCGAGGCCGAAGACCCAAAACUUCAAGUAUUAGGCAAAGCAGUAAAUCAUUAAUGCCACUGCUUAAAGAUCUUGGAUAUUAAGGCUACUCGGACAAGGCGCUAUGAUGGACGGCAGAAACUAGAUGAAGUACGCAGAGCCGGUAUAGAGCGCUUGGCUUGAGCGAGAAUUAGAAACAUGGAUAAAGCUAGUGAGUUUGAAACGAUGGAUGCAUGUGGCAUAUGGCACAUAGGUGCUAAAUAUAACAUGUAUAGACAGUCCGGCGGCGUCUCGCCUGGCAGGUUCAUUUUCGCAUGCGGAGGAGUUAGGUGUUUAGCAUGGUCUGCUGAAAUGAGAGCUACAUACCCCCAUCCGCGUAUUUGAUAGGUAGGAAACCACAGGGAAGAGUUCAUCAUAUUAUCAAUCCCGAAUAAAAUAUUUUUACCCUUCUCUGUAGCCCGAAUCAAAUAAUCCGAUUAAUUUCUUGCCCACCUAGGCUUGAGAGCUCGUAUUAUCGUGUGAUUGUGAUUGAGCUUGUUACUUGUCUUAACCCCUUUCACUUUGAACUUACCUAACUGCCGACCUAAGAUGUAGAUGACGUAUUAGGGGCUGCGUUCUUUAGAGCAGAUGCGGUUUUCAGAGGCGGUGGCGGGGAUAAGACGGGGAAAGAAUGAUAUGAG